AUGGAGAGUGACCUUAGUCAAAAUGGCGAGGCAAAAGUGACCUUCCAAAACAAGGAAAACACUUUCCCUGCUCUGACUACAGUUCCAACUUCAGUGACCCUGUCUUCUGAGCAGUUUGAGAGACUCUACCUCACACCUAUGACGGUCCGGCAGUCAUCCGUUGCCAAGAAAGUAGGAAACCCAACACCCUUGGCGCUUGGAGGGUUUGUCAUCACCACCACUCCACUUUCGUGCUGCUUGAUGGCUUGGAGAGGUGCAAGUGGAAACGGAAUCGCCUUCAUAGGACCUAUUGUCUUCCUUGGGGGGCUUCUGCUGCUCAUAACAAGCAUCCUUGAGUUUAUCAUUGGAAACACCUUCCCCUGCGUUGUGUUUGGUACUAUUGGCGGAUUUUGGUUUGCAUUUGCAGCUACCAUGAUACCUUCCUUCAACGCAGCAGCCCCGUAUUCAUCGUCAGGUACCGAUACAGCUGCCGGUCUCGCUAGCGCGGACUUUCUUAACACAUAUGCGUUCCUAUUCAUUACCAUGGCAGUCCUGAUGGUUAUAUUCAUGAUAUGUGCAACACGCAUCAAUGUGGUCUAUACAUUUAUCUUCCUCUCCCUUCUCUUGGUUUUCCUGUUCUUAUCAGCGGCAUAUUGGCAACUGGGCCAAGGGAAUUCCAUAGUUGGGAAUCGCUGUAUCAAGGGAGCUGGAGGAUCACUAUUUGUUGCAAGUUUACUAGGCUUCUACCUGUUGAUUGUCCAGCUGUUUGAGUCUAUUGGGUUCCCCUGCUUCUUGCCUGUUGGCGAUUUGGCUACUCUAUGGGACCGUGACCAGAAAAGGUAA